CCUCAAGCGUUUCGCGCCCGCUGAUCUCUCCUCUUUGGUCACUGCGUCCUUGGCUGGCGUGAGGUCAAAGCAAAAAUGAGGAGCGGCAAGGCCUCUUGUGUCCUGGAGACCGUUUGGGAGGACAAGCACAAAUAUGAGGAAGCUGAGCGGCGGUUCUACGAGCAUGAGGCCACGCAAGCCGCCGCCUCUGCCCAGCAGCUCCUGGCUGACAUGCCAGCCUUGAACGGUCCUGAUCAGGAAGACACUGAGGACACUGAUGAGGCAGAGGCCCCUGAUACCAGCAGCAGGAGUGAUCCCAGGAAGAGCUGUGACAGCAAGAAACCCCUGCAAAAGAAGAGGAAGCGCUCCCCUAAGAGCUGGCUUGGCCAGGCUGACCUGGCUCUCUUGGGCCUGUCAGCAGACCACGUAUGGCUGGACAAAUCACUUUUUGACCAAGCAGAGAGCUCUUACCGUCAGAGGUUGGCAGAUGCAGCCGCCCAGGCAGUCCAGCCACCUGCCUUGGCCCCUCGGGGUCCCUGCACCCAUGGAAGCCAGGUGGCCUGCCACCAUGUGACCUGGGGGAUCUGGGUCAACAAAUCUGCCUUUGACCAGGCUGAGCGGGCUUUCGUUGAGUGGUCUCAGGCCUUGUUGCUGGCUGCAGAGGAAAGCCACAGGCAGGGAGCUCCUGGCACAGGCCAGCAGGUGACCCCCACCGACUUGACCUUGGCCCGCCAGCCCAGCCCGCCAGCCAAUGGCCAGCCCCCAAUGGGCAGCCUGCAGGCACUGGUUCGGGAGGUAUGGCUGGAGAAGCCCCAGUAUGAUGCAGCUGAAAGGGGCUUCUAUGAGGCCCUAUUUGAUGGCCAUCCUCCUGGGAAGGUGCGCCUACAGGAGCGAGCCAGCCAAGCUGAGGGUGCCCGGCGGGGCCGCAGAGACCGACGGGGCCGCAACGCCAUAGGGAGCAAGCGGGCUGGGCCACGGCGAGCUGAUGGGGAGGCACCCUCUGCCUUACCCUACUGGUACUUCCUACAUAAGGACGCGGAGGCCCCCUGGCUCAGCAAGCCCACCUACGACAGUGCUGAGUGCCGCCACCACGCUGCUGAGGCCCUGCGUGUGGCCUGGCGCCUUGAAGCUGCUUCCCUGUCUCACCGACCCAGUCCCCGGUCUGGACCAGCAAUGUCCAGCCUGAGACCCAACAGGAAAAUGGCUACAAACUUCCUGGUGCAUGAGAAGAUCUGGUUCGACAAGUUCAAAUAUGACGAUGCAGAAAGGAAGUACUAUGAGCAGAUGAAUGGGCCUGUGGCUGGCUCCUGCCACCAGGAGAACGGCGCCAGCGUGAUCCUUCGCGACAUUGCGAGAGCCAGAGAGAACAUCCAGAAAUCCCUGGCCGGAAGCUCGGGCCCUGGGGCCUCUGGCGGGCCCAGCGGAGACCACAGCGAGCUCAUCGUCCGGAUUGCCAGCCUGGAAGUGGAGAAUCAGAGCCUGCGAGGCGUGGUGCAGGACCUGCAGCAGGCCCUCUCUAAACUGGAGGCCCGGCUGAGCUUACUUGAGAAGAGUUCACCUACCCACCGGGCCACAGCCCCACAGACUCAGCAUGUGUCUCCCAUGCGCCAAGUGGAACCUCCGACCAAGAAGGCAGCCACACCGGCAGAGGAUGAUGAGGAUGAUGACAUCGACCUGUUUGGCAGCGACAAUGAGGAGGAAGACAAGGAGGCAGCUCGGCUGCGGGAAGAGCGGCUGCGGCAGUAUGCAGAAAAGAAGGCCAAGAAGCCUGCGCUGGUGGCCAAGUCCUCCAUCCUGCUGGAUGUCAAGCCUUGGGAUGAUGAGACGGAUAUGGCCCAGUUGGAGGCCUGUGUGCGCUCCAUCCAGUUGGAUGGGCUGGUCUGGGGGGGUUCGAAACUGGUACCUGUAGGCUAUGGCAUCCGCAAGCUGCAGAUCCAAUGUGUAGUGGAGGACGACAAGGUGGGAACGGACUUGCUGGAAGAGGAGAUCACCAAGUUUGAGGAGCAUGUGCAAAGUGUCGACAUCGCAGCUUUCAACAAGAUCUGAAAUCACAUGUGUGCAAGUGUGUGUGUAAGGCCUAGCCAUGAUUAAAGACUGAAUCUCUGGC